AUGCAAAGGAGGAAAAGACUUCAAGCAGUUUUACAAACUUAUUAUGUCACUAAAUGGAUUUACCUAAAACCGAAGGUUUGUCCUCCUACUCACUUCAGUUUUAAGGGGAAGCUUCUCAUCAACAAGAAAAGCUUUUCCGUUUUUUCAAAGUUGGUAGAAAGGUCCUCCGUGUAUGGCAGUGACAAGGGUGUUGAUAUCACCAGGGGGGGUACCCAAAGGGGAGAAGCAGAAAAAGUUAUAACCCCAAAUGGGGAGGCACCUUUAGAUGGUGCUAAUGUACAGAGGCACGACCCCCCUCCACAGCUGUGCGAAAAUACCCAAUGUGGUCACACUUCUGAGGUGAAGGUGAGCCAAGGAGUGGAUAACGGUCUUGAUGGGGGGAUAUGUAGCCCCAUAAGGGAGGAGCUGCACAUAGACCCGAAUGUACAAUCAGGAGUUAUUACCAAGGUGGGAGAAUUGGACACAAAGAUCGCUCCCUUGGAACCAAGCGAGAAGAGCACUAACGAAAGUGUAGUUGGAGAAAAAAAAAACAAAAGAAAGAAAAAAAAUGCACCAAGGGAAAAGGGCGAAAGGGAAAAACCGAAAGGAACGAAAAGAAAAAAAAAAAAAAAUGAAAAUCAAAAUGGAAAGGAAAAUCAAAAUGGAAAGGAAAAUCAAAAUGGAAAGGAAAAUCAAAAUGGAAAGGAAAAUCAAAAUGGAAAGGAAAAUCAAAAUGGAAAGGAAAAGCAAAAUGGAAAGGAAAAUCAAAAUGGAAAGGAAAAGCAAAAUGGAAAGGAAAAUCAAAAUGUAAAGGAAAAGCAAAAUGGAAAGGAAAAUCAAAGUCAAAAUCUAAAGCAAAAGAAAAGGAAAAAAAAAAAGGAAAACCGUCAAAAGGACGAAAUAGAGGUGAAAACCCCCCCAAAUGAGAACGAACGAACGAUACAGAGGGGUACUCAAAACGCCCCCGAGAAGGAAACCCAAGAGAACGAAGGAGACAAAUGUGUGAGAAAAAAGUUUAGCAAGGAAGACUAUUACAAACAAUUUGAAUUGAUAAGUAAAAACAGUAAUAUCAUCAUGGAGGAAAUAAAUCAUGUGAAGGACAUCUCCCCCUUUGUCCACAAACACAUAUCAUCACUACAUUUUGGAAACAUUUACGCAUACAAUAAUUUACUUUACGAAAUUUACGACAAGUUUGUAGAUGGGGACAUUAAGAAGGUAAAAAAACUAAUAAAGAAUUAUAGCAAAUUGGUAAAGAAGAAUCUUCAACGAAAAAUAAAAUAUUUUGAAGCGUUUCACAAUAUGUGUCCAAAGGAGUACAACCAGGUGCUGACAUGUUUGUUUAUUCAAUCGAUUGACAUAUUAAAGGAUGAAGAUAUUAGCCUCACGUUUAAUUAUGACCAGGUCAUACGUACCAGUAGGGAUACUGAAGGGGGGGGAACAGAGCUUCCUGGGGAGGUGGAAGAAGAAGAAGAGGAGGCCUUCUCAAAUUUGGAAAGAAAUGUUGACAGGGGAGAGGCGGGGGAUGGCACGGCGUUCUGCGUGGAGAAUGGCCACAACGAUGGAGAAGCGGUUGGCAACGCGGGUGGCAACGCGGGUGACGAUGCUGGUCAAGGGGGAACGGGGGGAAAGAAACCCCUACGCGCGCUUCAUCAGAGGCAGUUCAGCCUUAGUAACAAAAUUGUGUACGAAAUGGAUGUGCACUUCGACGAGGGAGAAGCGAACCUCCCCCAAGACGUAGACGAGGAGAUCACCCCGCACAGAAUAAACGAAAAUAACUUCGUCAUUGUGUACAACCUUCCCAUCAUCAACUACGACUUGCUAAGAGCAGAGCUGAAGGAAGCCUUCUCCUUCUGCGGUGAAAUAAAGAGCAUGGAAUUUUUCAGUGACCGCCUUAAAACGGUUGACAUAAACGCACUAAAUGAUCAAGCAGAAAUAGAGAGUUCGCAAAAUGUACGAUCUGUUAAGAGUAAGAAGGUUGGAAGCACGCGCAGUGGAAACGCAAAGGGGGGAGGGAAGAACAACCAACCUAGAUGUAGUAGUGGGACCAAAAUUCACAAUUCAUUUAACCUAAAUAGCAACACACAGCUAUACGCCAUUAUAGAAUUUUUUGAAGAAAAAUCAGCAACCCUAGCCACUAGCGAAUUUUUGAGAAUUUUUGGUAUUUUCUGUUUCAACAAAUUAGUCUAUGUAGAUAAAUGUGUAAAUAAAAAAAUUAUGAUAAUAACACACCUUCCCUUUCAUUUGAAUAUUUACAAUAUAUUUUACUUGCUAUUAAAUGCUUCUUUACUGAAAUUGGGUAUUUUGAGUGGAGGGGGAGAAGGGAAAGGUGCUUCCAAAUUAAGUGUCUCCAAGGGUGGGAACUGCGGUGAGGUGGAUGAGCCACUCGGUAAUAGUAACCACCCAGGAGUAACCUCAGAAAGUAGCAAACCAAUUUCUGAGCAGAACAGAAAGAGAAGGUGCGAAAUUUGCCUCCGAAACAGCAACAUCCGUAUUGAAGGCUGCGAUUCGAUUUUUGGUGAAGCACAUGGAAUGAGCAGCCGAGAUGUGUACGAUUAUAUAUGCGAAAUUUCUAAAAAGAAUUUUCUACAGUUUAAGAAAAAAAAAAACAUAAAAUUAGAAGCAUGGACAAAUGAUGAUGACAGUGGCACGGAGGGAAAGAACAACAACUUCGAGUCAUUUGCUGAUUUUUAUCAAAAUCAAAAUAAAAAAAUGAAGACGAGAAAGGUGAAUGUUCAUAACAAUGGAAGAAUUUUAAUUCUCCAUUUUGACAGCUUUAAAUACCUGUAUGAUUGCUUGAAAAAAUUUAAGCAUAUUUUCGGCAAAAAAAACCAUAUGAUUUUUUCGGUCAACUUGAGGAGGUGCAUUUAUCGGAACGGCGCAAUCAGGGACUGUGUGCAGAUUAAGGAUGGCAGGAUUGGGAGGGGCCUUAACGUGAAGGCCUAG